UUUCUAAGAUUGGUUCAUUUAUUAUUAUGGUUGCACCGACUAAUCUGCAUGACUUGUUACAACUGAGAAGUGACAGUUAAUUAUAUUUUUAAGUUGUGGCAAUGAUUGGUCGCAGUGUAUUAAUUACAGGUAGUAACAGAGGCCUAGGGUUGGAGAUGGUGAAGCAGUUAGCAGGCAGCAGCUUCCCGCCCCACCACAUCAUAGCUGCCUGCAGGAACCCUAAUGCAGCACAGGAACUGAAGCAAAUGAGUGAAGACCACAAUAACAUUCACAUCAUUGAGCUUGAUGUGGGGGAUGAAAGAAGCUACAGUUCACUGGUUAGCCAUAUCAGUGAGAUUGUUGGAUCCUAUGGCUUGAACGUCUUGAUAAACAAUGCAGGUGUUGCCCCCAAGUCCACCCGCAUAAAUAUGGUCAACUGGAAACAGAUGACAGAUACCCUCCAUAUUAAUACCAUUGCACCACUUAUGUUAACCAAGGCUUUACUUCCACUGAUAAAAGUAGCAGCUUCACAGUUGGAUGGUAGCAGCCUGGCAGUAAAACGAGCUGCUGUUAUUAAUAUAUCAUCCAUAUUGGGCUCCAUUGCAGAAAAUGAACAAGGUGGCCUCUAUCCUUACAGAGCUAGUAAAGCUGCCUUGAAUGCCAUAACCAAGUCCCUGAGCCUUGAUUUACAAAGCUCCAACAUCCUGGUAACCAGUCUCCACCCUGGUUGGGUUCAGACUGAUAUGGGAGGCAAGUUGGCUCCACUAACUCCUACACAAAGUAUAUCAGGAAUCAUCACUACCCUCCACAACCUGACUGAGCAGCAUCAUGGAGGAUUUUAUCAAUACGAUGGACAAAAACUACCUUGGUAAAUCACCACAUCAAUUCUUUGAUUUCAUUGUACAUAGUUUUGUAUAGUAAAGAAUUGUUUCUACA